AUGCAUUUGUUAUAUUCGCUAGAAUACUACAACAAACUAUGCGAGUGUCCGUGGAAUUACUGGAAUAUCGCUAACAGAAAGAUGCUCCUGUUGAUGUUGACAAAUACAAAGGAACAAUGUAUUAGUUGUUUUGGAUUGAUAGAAUCGAAUUACAGCUACUUGCUAACCAGCUUCCGGGUAUGGUACAGCAUAAUAUGCUUCUGCAGCAACUGUCCAAAUCAAUCAUUGAAGGAGAAGAUAGCCAUAGAUGGACCAAACGGGCUUUAAGCUUCGACUCGUAUCACCAUUAGUUUUUUUAGUAUUUUCACGCAAUUUUAAUAUGAAUAACUAGAAGUAGAUGCAUGUAGUUACCACUAAUUGUUACAGUUGUUUGUAGCGCAAAAUGUUAAUUUUAGAC